AUGGCAACGGCGGAGAUUAUAAAAACCAAAACAAUUGACGAGGUCUAUGACGCAACGGACGCGCUUCAGGCUGAACAGGCGAAGCAUGGACGACUUCGGCAUCUUUCGAAAAUUAAGCCAUUUCUUGAAGGACUCCAAGGCUACGCAGAUACCAUCGAUACAUUUGUUCAAGUCAAACCAGAUGUUCUUGCACUCAUUUGGGGUCCCAUCAAAUUACUUAUCCAAUGGGCCGCUUCUCUAACUCAAUCCAUUGAUGCCCUUGUCAAUACCGCAGCUGAGAUUGGUGAACUGCUACCCGAAUUCAAGCUCAUGGCUGCCAUGUUCGGCAACAAUGAGCAAAUGAAGCUUGUGCUUGUCCUAUUUUUCCAAGAUAUUCUGGACUUUUAUGCCGUGGCUUUAAAGUUCUUUGGCUUGCCUCAUUGGCGAGUGAUGUUCGAGGCACUAUGGCCUUCUCAGAAGGAAAAAAUUAAAAUUGUAAUGGGUCAUAUCGGACGACACACAAAUUUGAUGAGAAACAAAGUUCGCCUAGAGCACCUCAGAGAGGAGUAUGAACACAGACAGCGAGCUUUCGACCAUUUUGAAGCAAUACAGAAGAGUAAUAUGCGUCAAGAAUACAACGUCAUCAAGACUGACGUCUCCCCAAAGUUUUAUGAUGCUGAGCUUGAUUUCAAGAAGUGGUUAAAUGGAGACGAUGAUUCAACGCGGAUAUUAUGGCUGUGCGGUAUUCCUGGAGCAGAAAAGACUCAUCUAGCCGCUAUGGCAAUCAACUUUGCCAUAUCGACCAGAACUAUAUUCGCUUUUCUCAGCCACGCUAGCAGUAGCAGCACCACGGCCUUGACAAUUGUACAUUCUCUAAUAUUCCAGUUGACUUCGGAUGACGAAGGUCUUCAGGCGAUUGUUUGUGGUUCAAAUCGAGAAAACAUUAAAAACAGCCUUGAUGUCGCUAUUGAGUUUCUACAAACGCUGCUUAACUCCACCGGCCUCUUGAGCAUCAUCAUUGACGGAGUUGAUGAGAUUGACCUCUCCGAACGAGAGAAACUACUAAAGAAACUUUUUGAUACAUCUACGGCCUGCAAGAAAACUCUUAUAUUAAUAAGCAGUCGAGCAGAACACGAUAUCUCAACAAUCCUAGGUCCAAUAUCAGCAACAAUCCGAGUAGAUACACACAAUGCUGCAAGCAUCCAGAUAUUUGUUGACGACUGGGCUCAAACGUGGUUUUCGGCUCAUGAUUUUCUAUGCGAAGACAGAUCCGAGAUCGAAGACCUCCUCGCGCCGCUUUCUUUAAAAGCAAAAGGGAUGUUUCUUUACGCCAAGAUCAUGUUGCGCAGCAUAGAGGAACUUGACAACCUAGAUGAGAUCCGCAACGGGCUCAAAGUACCUCCCAAAGACCUAGAUGAAGCAUAUGGGAGACUGUUUGAGAAAAUCGAUCGCAAGUCUGAAAUUGUGAAAAAGAAGUGCCGACUUGUCCUUGGCUGGAUCAGCUGCUCACCAACACCUUUGACGUUGUUAGAGCUAGAGCAAGCUUUAGUAAUGACUAUCAGCAACGCAUCUAGAGUGUCCUCGCCACUGAAUUUUGUCCGCCUUUGUGGUCCCAUUGUCGAAGUUGUGGAGGACAGCAUUCAGUUUGUACAUUUCAUACACCUCCACUGGUGA